CCUUAGGCUCCCCAUUGUGUUAAAUUAUACUUCGUGUAAAAAUGUUGACGUCCAGGCAAGCUCGCAUGACGGCAUUCUCCGCUGGCCCUGCGCGGACCGCCGCCCUGCGCCCGGCUGUGGCUGUGCGCCCACGCGCUCGGCCAACCGCUGCUGUUGCAGUACGUGCCGAAAUUUCAUAUAUCAUGGUAAAGCCCGAUGGCGUCCAGCGUGGUCUGGUGGGCGACAUUAUCUCACGCUUCGAGCGCAAGGGCUACAAGCUUGCGGGCCUGAAGCUUUAUCAGACGCCUCGUGAGGUAGCUGAGGAGCACUACAAGGAUCUAAGCUCGAAGCCCUUCUAUAAGGAUCUGGUCAACUACAUCGUGUCCGGUCCUGUCGUGUGCAUGGUGUGGGAGGGCAAGGGUGUGGUGGCCACCGCUCGCAAGAUGAUCGGCGCCACCAACCCGCUGGCUUCGGAGCCAGGCACCAUCCGCGGCGACUACGCCAUUGAGGUUGGCCGCAACGUCAUCCACGGCAGCGACAGCCCGGAGAACGGCGAGCGCGAGGCUGGCCUGUGGUUCAAGGAGGGCCUUGUGUCUUGGGAGCAAACCAUGACCCCCUGGCUCAAGGAGUAAAGUGAGCGGAACGUUGCGGCUUCACGGGGGUUCUGCUGGCAGGAAGGGGGGAAGGGACGGAGUGGCGUUAAAUGACAUAACCGAUAACUGAAGGAGUGGCAUGGGGACUACAGGAGUUGCUUGGUGUGGUUAGGAUUGGGCCACCGCCGACAGGUGGAAUAGGUCUCAGAGGCGGGAAGCUGAUAUUGUUUGGGUAUAGCUCCUGGUUCCAGGAUUUGGAAUCCAUUUUGUUUGGGUAAGCUGCUGGAGGGUGCGUAUGUUGCCUAGGUUAGUACAUGGGCGAGUUUUUCGCAUGUGCAUCUCCACAGCCAACGCUUGAGGGCUGACUCGCUAGCCCUCUUGCGAGUAGGUGUGUUAUCUUGCCCUGGGAAUGCGCAAUGUGGACCAAACUUGUAAAGGGAAGCAAGAUCAC